AUGGAAUCUCCAACAAAGAGGCAAGGGAUUUCCAAUGAGCCUAAUGAUGUCGACUUCGAAGUUGACGAUGAUUACUUCGAGAGGUAUAGCGAAGUAGAGGAAGAUGAAGAUGAUUUCAUUGUCGAUGAUGACAACGAUGAUGUUGUCUACGAGCCUGGAUAUGACCCCGAUCAAGAGCUUCAGCAGAGAAGAGCUCGACUCGAUUACAAAUUAAAAUCUACAUUUGAAUCCAUCUUCGAAAAAUAUGGGAAAGAUUUCGAUGGAGUUGGUGAUGAAAUCGACCUGCUCACUGGAGAAAUAUUGGUUGAUAAUGGCCAUUUGAAAGAGAUGCAAGAUGAGCGGGAUGCUGGAGACAAUAAAGCAGGAGGCAAUCUUCUGAGAGCCUUGACUGUAGAACCAGAGAGUAUUAUGGAAACAUCUGAUGAUGAAUAUAGCACUGAAGAAGGUGAGGUUAUGAAUGAGGGAGAUAAGGCACAGGAAAAAUCGGACCACCGAGCGAAUGUGGAGGAGAUCAGUUGUGAGGAUAUGGAGGAGGACGACAUGAUUUUACGCGGCUACGAUGAACCGAACCGGGAUCCUUUCCUUGAUGUGGUACCCACGAUAGAGACGGAAUCCGCUUCAGACCAUCCCCUGGGAGACUUAAAAUAUCAACGAAACUCAAAGCCUGAAGGACGCAGCGUUUCUUUUCCAUCAUACAAUGAAAUUUUACAUUCAUUUGGACCCGACGUUGCUCCUCAAAUUGUAAACAUUAUUUCACGAAAAAAUGUCCAUGAUGAUACUCAUAUCGAACCAGCCUGGAGAGUGCCUGAAUUACCUGCACUUGAACCAAGAAAGCGUCCGGCGUUAAGACCUUUCGUUCCAGAGCCAGAAAGUGAGCGCAGUCCAUCUCCUGAUGUGUCCGAGUCGAUCUGGGCUUUACCAAGAGGACGAGGUCCAGGACGUCCAAGAGGCCCAUAUAAAUCAAAGGCGUCUUUUAGACUAAGAAACAUCGGUGACACCGUAUUACUUCCAGACGGACUAAACACCCCAAGUUCCGCUGCCUCGAAGUCACCACGAGUGCGUAAUGCUUUUACGGAGGAAGAGGAUGAAAUACUCAUUGCAAAGGUGGCUGAAGCACGCGAUCAAGGUCUCGCAUUAGGAGCAGAAUCUACCUGGGAAGAGCUGGCGAGUUUGAAUGACCGACAUACAAUAGCAUCAUGGAAGAAUCGGUAUCGCCAAAGGUACCUACAUUUGUGGUCUCCAGAAGGCACAGCUAGACCGGGUUCUUCUGGACUCCGCCGGCCAUACCGUUCUAAAAAUCGAGAAGAGUCGAAAUCGAGCAUUAAGUCUGCAUCACGCAGUCGGCAUCCGGUAUCUUUCUUCCAACGACCAUCUAGAACUCGAAAACCUGCACAGCAAGGACCGAAUGUCGUUAGCUGGUCGGAUGCAGUCGCUGUAAUCAAAGCCUUGGACCCUAGACUUCACAAAGAUUUGAUUAAAGACGCUAGUACAUUCGAUUUGACUGAUGUCGGACCAGUGAAUGUUGAUGAUGAAGCUUUGAAUUUGAGAACUUCUGAUUUGGAAUUCUCGGAAGUAAGUGAUGAUGAGCCGGAGCUUCCUGCACAUAUUGAAUCGGGAGUUCAGAGGAUUGCGCCUGUAGCUGUUAAUCCUGCCUACGAAUUUUCGGAUGAAGAAACCGGCUCGAAUUUCAAGGCGCUACAACAAUCAAGCGGAUCAACACCCAAACCAAAUGAAGAGAAGGGUUCUUGGCUUGUAACCCCUCAAUCCAAGGAAUCCAAGAAAAGGGCGAGAAAACCAACAAGUAUUAAAUCAAAAGAUGGAACCAACGGGGAAUCAAGAUCCCAUCAAAGCAUAGUUCGAAAGAGGCUUAUGUCAGAAGAGGUUGACGAAUUAAGCCUUUGCGUUGAAGAAGAAGACGUUCUGUUUGUCCGUUCAAUGCCAAGAAAAGACAAGCAAAAGGAGCCUCAGACUUUUAUCAAACGAGAGGGUCAAGACUCAACAAUCUCAGAUGCUAUCACUCCUGUCCCGCCGAAAGAAAGGAUUCCCAUCCUCAGCGAUUACGACGAGUUUGACGAGCUCAGUGCGGAAUGGCCACCGGUUCUACCUACCGUGUACGCGAAGAGGCCCAUAGUCGAAAUAAAAUCCGAACCUGACCAGGCAAUUGAAGUUGGUCUGUUCGAUAACACCAAAGAGACUAAUGUUGAUCUAUUCGAUAUCGACCAGCUUCCUGAAACUUCUCCAAGUGCUCUUGAUGCACGGAAGCAAUCUAGGAUAAACAAGAGAUUCAGCAGCAGUGCUAUUAUCCCUUCAACAUCGCAAAUUGAGUCGUCACCCACUGUUGCGGUAGAUAGAAGGAUCCAGUCGAGGAUUCAACAGAGAACAGAUUCUAUUGGUAAUGGUUCUGUACUACCUAGUUCCUCAGAUAUGGUGUCAUCUCCUACCCCGCGGCCCAAGCGAAAAUUCUUUGAUCUAGACGAGAAAGAAAAUGUAUCCUUGACACCAUCACAGAAAGCCAAUCAGGAGACCGAGACACCUGUGUCGGAUGUUGAAGAUCUGCCUCUCGAGAAUAUGAUCAGUGGCAAAAGAACGGCCACUUCGACACCAAACAAGAAGACAGGAGGCCUUACCACACCAACUCACAGCGAAUCAAGGAAAUCAAGAACUCCUCUUUUGGACUAUACUACACCUACUCGAAGAGAUUCCACGAGAAAAAGAACACCGAGAGGUACAUCACGCAGUCCCGGAAUGGUAAAAACACCAGGAGGAACGUUUAGAAAAUGUGGACAAGAUGGAUUUGCUUGUAAACGGACUUUUUGCUUUAGAUGUGGAUUGAGCUCUAAAUGUAUGGGCAUUGAGUGA